UCCCCAGGAUGCCCAGUAGAACUGUUCGUUACUCCCACUACAGCCCCCAGCAGCGGCGCCGGCGGCUGUUGGCCGAUCGCAGUGUGCGUUUUCCUAAUGAUGUUCUCUUCUUGGACCACAUCCGCCAGGGUGACCUGGCACAGGUGGGCCGAUUUAUCCGUGCUAGGAAAGUCUCCUUGGACACCAUCCACCCCUCUGGCCUGGCUGCUCUGCAUGAAGCCGUGCUGUCAGGAAACCUGGAGUGUGUGAAGUUGCUGGUCAAAUAUGGGGCCGACAUUCACCAGCGGGACGAGACGGGCUGGACGUCUCUGCACAUGGCCUGCAGCGAUGGGUACCCUGACAUAGCCAGGUACCUCAUCUCCCUGGGGGCCGACAGAGCCGCGGCCAACGACGACGGCGCCCUGCCCUCCGACCUCAUCGACCCGGACUUCCAGGACCUGCUGGAGCUCUUCCGAGCCCCAGGGGAUGAGGAAGCUGGGCCGCUGGCCAAGGGCCCUCGAGGGCCGCGCUGUGCCUUCCUCCCCAGGGAACCGGUUCCUACUUCAGUUCGGAAGCUGAGGGUCCCUGGAAAGGAAGCAGCAGGGCUGAGCUGGGGGCCCUCGGAGCUCUUCUGCUCAGAGGUGCAGAGGUCAUAG